GUACAACAGCAAACACUGGAGAGCAACAACAAGGCACAACCCCCAUGGGGGCUGGCCUGUAUCACUUUUAUCACGAUUGCCUGUAUCAGUUUUAUUACAUACCAUCUCAUGUCUGAACACGGCCACAUUUUCAUGUGCAUGCAUGAGUUGUGAGGAUUGUGUUAAUUCAGUGUAGGCUAUAGCCUUAAAAGACACAAAAUAUUGACUUGCCCUGGUCACGGAUGGCUCUGCUCUGUAUAUUACUUCUGUUUCUUACCCUGGCAGUAGCUGGGAGUGGACUUAAGGUCAAUGUAUAUCCUUUGAAGGCCAGGGAAAGAAGUGGUUCUGAUGUGCUCCUAAACUGUACAUUCAGCACUGAUGACUCCCAUAUAAAUCUGGAAAUGCUAACUGUGAAAUGGAUAUCAAAUGGGAGCAAUAUUGCAGCACAGUAUCCACCUGGUGAGGAAGAUGCAUCUCAACGUGUGAAAAUAGUGAAGGAUGAAUUACAUAAUGGGAAAGCCUUUUUGUUACUCAGUAAUGUUACCAAGACUGAUGCUGGAAGCUACAAAUGUGAGGUUGAAUACAAUAAAGUGAAAGCUGAUCAACAGAUGAACUUAGAAAUCCAAGAAAAAGAACUCCAGGUAUAUGUAGCAUCAUCCAUAGUUCAAGUUAAUAAGCGCAGCCGUGCUGUGCUGAAUUGUACCUUCACAACUGGAGAACAUAUCGACUUGGAUCAUCUUUAUGUGCAAUGGCUUCUUAAUGAAAGAGAAGUUCUUAGUUUCAGCAGAAUAGAGAGACCAACUCGCAAAGGAGCAAGACUUUCUGCUGUAGGGAAAGGUGAUGUGUCACUGAUACUUCCUGAUGUCAAAAAUGAUGAGAAGGGAAAGUAUAUGUGUCGUGUUUGGUACACACCAGACAUAAAAGAGGAAUUCAUAGACUUGGAAGUUACAGAUGGCGAAGAAUCCACACAUGAAGGACAAGAACCUAUGUCUGAAUCAAGUAGAAUGGAGACAUCUGCCUUACUGAAAUCACAAGAUUAUGCACUGCUGGCCUCAUUAAGUGUAAUUGUCAUAGUUAUUAUCUUUGUUUCUGUUUAUAGUAGAAUAAGAUAAGUAGACCAAUAAAUGUGGCAUGUGCAAUCUGCUGGUCUAUAAAAUCAAUUUUCCCUCAUGCACAGUGUCUUCAAUUGCUAAUUACGAGUGGCAAAGUUGUAAAGUAAUUAAGUAAGAUAACAGAAUGAGGAAAGUUAUUUGCACUUGUUCUGGCUCUGCUCUCUGUUUUAUGCCCCAGUACUACUUGCUACACAUCGCUACAGUUGCCCCUUUCCAGUUUCAUUCUGCUUUAAUCCUUUGCUGAGACAAUGCUUCCCAUGGAGCUGCCUGGACCUUGCAUGUACCUAGCAUAUACCAUUCAAGGAAUGAGGGCUGACAAUGUAGAUAGAGCAUAAUUGCCCUUCGAAAGUGAUGGUCAUAUAGUCAUUAUUUGAACUCGGUGUGCUGUGGGUGCUCGCCAACUUGUAUGAAGGCCUUGCAUACACUUCUUGACUUCUUUGUUGUGUCACCCACAUCAUUGCCUUAUUCUACAUCUACAAGGGCCUGCUGUCUCAGUCACAUUCUGGGGUCACAAUUCUGCAUCCUUACUCCCAAAACUGGACAGAAAGCCUGUGAGCCCUCAUGUAUUCCUGCCCUGCAUCUCUUCCUCUCCUGUAGGUUUGUGGUACCUUAUCUGCUAUUUCCUUAUAAGUCUGUGUUCCCCUCAUCUGUUCUUAUCCUACAGGCUUAUGACCCUUCAUCUGUUCUCCUUCUAUAGGCCUGUGGCCCCUCAUCACUUUUUUUCUUGCAGACCUUUGGUUACUUGCCCAUUCUCCCCAUGCAGACUUUUGGCCCCUCAUCUAUACUCCUCUACAAACCUGUGAUUCAUCUUUUCUUACCCUUAAGUCAUGUGGCCCCUUGUCUGUUAUUUUUCUGCAGUCCUGAGACACCCUCAUUUCUUCCUUGCAGAUCUCAGGCCACUGAUCUGUUGCCCCCUCAUGCAGGCUUGUGGCCCCUUGUUUGUAAACCUCUGGUCCUCAUCUUCUCUCAUCCAUCUGAAUGCAACAUCAGCCUGUCCUUUUCUCAAACCUUGGUUAACAAUGCAACACAUGAAUAUCUUGCCUCUGCAUCUCUGCAUCAUUAUACUGGCCAGAAGGGAAGUGAUAGUCUUUAUUUUGUAAUUAUCAGUUGUUUUCAGAUCUUGCAAUUGUAUUUGAUAAAAGCAGUUUUAAAACUUAGCCAAGAUAUGAGCACUUAAAAUGAUUUAAUAUAUUUGUUUUUCUAGAAGGAAAAAGCCGCAGUCCACCUUAUAUUGCAUUAAAAAAAAAACUAUAAACACUUGGAAACAGCAAAAUUCAAAAGCUGAAAAAAAAAAAAAAAAGUUUCACAGAAACCAAGGAAAUAUAACAAGUGGAUGUAAUAAAUGCUUGAAUUUGAAUCAUUUCCAAAUUAAACUGAAUCUGGGGUAUAUUUGUUAUUAAAUACUUUAGUUUUAAACUA